AUGCUGCCCACCCCAGACACGUCACAUGUGUCAUUCGACACCAUCUACGAACCGGCAGAGGAUUCAUACCUCUUCUUGGACACAUUGUCCUCAGCAUCCGAAUCCAAAUGGCUUUCGGAGCGCUUUCAAAAACCAGCCACCUCCUGUUCGGAUGCCAUUGGCAAUCCAGCUCCAUUGGUUGUGGAGGUUGGCACCGGUUCGGGGGUUGUCCUGGCCUUUACGGCGGCACAAUCGCAGCAUAUCUUUGGAAGACAAGACAUCCUCACGCUGGGGGUAGACGUCAACCGAAACGCAUGCCUUGCAACUCGGGAGACGGUCACGACCGCGGUCACAUCGGAGCGGCAGAAGCAGUCGGAAUCCUCUCCAAUUUCAGAGAACCCGCUUCAGACCAUCCAUGUUGCCUCCAUCACCGGCGACCUUUGCACAGCAUUGCGUCCGGGGAGCGUUGACGUCCUUUUGUUCAACCCGCCUUACGUUCCCACGGAAGAGCUGCCUCGUCUGCCUUCAGAAUCCGACAAUGACCCGAGCAUUUCUCAAACCAUGUCCCGGUCUGCCAAGUUCGAGAGUGACUCGUUCUUCUUGUCCUUGACGUAUGCAGGCGGUGCCGAUGGCAUGGAGACGACGAAUCGGCUAUUGGACGCCAUUCCCGGGGUACUUUCUGCGCGGGGAGUGGCGUAUGUACUUCUCUGCAAGCAAAACCGGCCCGACGAGGUGAUGGCAAGGAUUCGUGCAUGGGGGGGUUGGAAUGCAGAGAGUGUCGGGUCAAGUGGGAUGCAGGCCGGAUGGGAGAAACUGGUGAUUGUGCGAAUCUGGAGGCAGACGGACGCUUCACAAGAGGUGAGCUCUCUUUGA